AUGAGCACCAACAAUAAUGUCAGGGGCGGCGGUCUUUUGGACGAGCCCACCCUCGAGGAGCUCAAAGCGGUGGGCACGAGACAAUCCGCACUUUGCGAAGCCUGGCUCGAACAAUUUGAUCUCGACAUGGAAGCCAUGACUGACUUUGCUGCCGUGAGACUUGAUGCCUGGUCCAGGAAGAACAAGCUGGGACAGAUGGAUGCUUUGUCAAAACUGGACCGGCUCGUCGCGGAUAGUUCCCAGGGUGGUGUGGGACUGAGCCCAGAGGAACAGGCCAAGGUAGACGAGCUGCGGGAGCUGAUCGAACAGGCUUGGGCCAGGGCCAUCUCCGAACUCUUGACAUUUGCCAAAGAUUCGAGGUUUUGGUCGAUGAAAACCCGGGGGAAUGCCAUGGUGGUGAACAGUAAAAUGGACGCCAUCACCAUUGCGCUGGAAAUUCUAGACAAAAAGGGUCUGGAAGGGUUGAAAGAGCACCCCCGUGGCACCCAUGUCGGUGAUAUCUUGGCUUCAUGGGAUGAAGAUGUCAAGAUGAGCAAGCUGGGUUGGUCUUUUCAGAAAGGCCAUGAACACCUGGACUUGCCCCGAAGGGCCUUUCAUCCGGACAUGGUGGAAGAAAAAUAUGGCGUUAGCGAGUGA